UUUAAACUCAAAAUCGUCGGAUAUAAAUUCAUUAAAAAAAUUCUAAAAAAUUGAUUUAUCUGAAUCUAAAACAAUCUGUGGAUUUUUUCGGAAUAUAAAACAAAACACGAAAUUGAAAUAAAAUUCUUGAAAUAUUGCAAAGAUGUCAUAUUUCAAAGAUUGGAGAAAUAGUCCCAGAUGUCAUGGGGAACAUUUGCCGAAAAACAACAGUAGAAUAGUUUCCAGUUGUAGUGAAAAAUAUUUGGUCCAAAAUCUUGAUAGUACAUACCGUAAAGAGCAAUCUCACGAUCUAUUUAAAGUAAAACGGAAACGCAAUAACAUAAUGAGAAUCCAGACUCGAUCCGAUAUUGAUUCAUUUGAUAAGAGUGUUAAACUGACCUGUCCGAAUACGCUAACUGAGCAACCCUGUGAUGGCUUGGAUGAGGAGUUGCAUGAGUACACCAUUCACCAGGGAUUCGCUACGUAUCUCAAAGCAUUCGCUUUGAUUUAUGUGCUGCCCGAAGAGGAGUGGACCGCCGAUAAUAUUGAUAAAUUGCUAGUAAAGGGCGAGGAGUUAUUCCAGUCCAACUCAGAGGCAGAAGUUGCAGAAGCGUUGCGAGUGGGGACGUCCUCCAUCUAUACCAAAGUAGAGCGGCAUAUCCAGCGCAGCUUCAAGCUGGAUGGUCACAAUUUUACACUCGAACUAAGGCCCAACUAUAUGGGCAAUCCGAAAACGCCGGUGGAUAUGCGACCCCCGCACAUUAUGGCGCAUCUUAAGGAAGUAUUGUGCAGUUUCUUUCGAAACGCUCACUAUUGCUUGCUCUUGCAUGAUGCAGGCUAUCUCCUGAUCUGGCGGCGAGGCAAAUUGUAUUUUGUGAUGGACUUAAAGGGUCGUCGAGUCGAUGAUUCUGGCAGCAUUAAGCCUGGAGUAACAUUGCUAGUUUGCCUACAGACUCUAGAUAAUGUGGUCAAUUUGGUGAGCAAUUUAAGUGGCGGCAAUCCAAACGGCGCAUUCCACAUCCGUGAGCUGGCUGUGGUGCGACUGGUGACACCGGAUGGACGCACCUUUCUACGGAAUACCAAACAAUGUGCCCACGAAUACCACGUGAUCAACAAUAGCUAUGCCUAUCUCAAAAGUAAUUUGCAUCUAUCACUCAAUCCGGAGGCGGCACUACACAAUGGCAGCAGUGUCAUUGUUGCCGUGACUGGCAUAUUGGCCGCCCAAAUCGAUCAUCCCGCAUCGUGGAAUACGUACAGCUUUGACCGGCUGAUCUGCUAUGGCGUUGAGCUCUGCCGCAGUUGUUGGUGCGCAAAUGUGAGGACUUCCCUGCCUAUUGACUUGGACAAAUUUCCUACACAGUUGCGCCUUGGACAAUUUGUUGCGGAGAUCAAGCUAAUGGUGCAAGUUGAUCGUGGAUACUGGCGCCGGAGUCUGUCAAUUAAGGACAGCGAACUUAACGAUAAGAUACGCUGCGUCCUGAGGGACUGUGGCAACGCCUUGUUCCAGAUCAACAAUCAAAUGUACGCGCUGUGGUGCAGGGACAACUUCUACUAUAUGCUUGAUCCCUACAGGCAUAUUGUAGCUAGUCCGCAGUCAAAUAGAGAUAGUAUGAAAUUCGCAAAAUGGGCCACGGUGCGAAUGUUUCGGAGCUUAUGCGGAUUACUCAAUGUAUUCCGUCAGCUGCUUAAAGAGUCCAAUCGCAAUUCUACAUUUUAUAUUCAUGUUGUCCGCAUCAAGAAUAUAGCUAAAUGCCCGGAAGGAUAUGCGCUGAAGCCCACGGCAGAAGAUGCGUAUUGUGUGUUACAGCCAAUGAAUGAGUCUAUAGCCUUUCCCGAAAAAUUAACAGACUGCGCCCCCCAGCUCGCCGAGAUUAGUGAUUUUGAGCCGGAUGUGAGAAGAACGACGGAGAAGUCAUUCAAUUCAAAAAUUCAAUUCAAAAAGCUUCCCACCAGCUCGGGCCGUCACGAACGAGUGCAAGGCGGCUUGGAUGCAGUGGAGGUAGAAGUCAUUAGGCCUCCUCGAAUCGAGCAAGGCAUAAACACUGAAAGUUGCGGCUUUGAUAAGAAGGAAACCGCAGUCAAUACGAAGUCAAAGCUUCAGCCACAAAUACCACGUAAGCCUAAGGUAGCAAUCCCAGCAGCUGCAACACCGCACAAGAUGCCCAAAGCUCAGCCUAUUAGUGUCAAACAACGAAAGGAAACUGACCUAGAGCAACUCGUGGCGUCCACCGUUAAGCAUGCAGAGUCUAGUUCCAGGGGCAAAGGCUUCAUAGCUCCCACGAAAUCAUCACUGGCCAAACGGGUGCUAGUCCAAGCGCCGCAGGAAACGCAGACUCUAACUGAGAAGUUUACGAAACUCGAUGCCAAAAUGUGUGCCAAAUACCGUCCGAUACAGCUGGCACCGCUUAAGCGGCCCAAUUACAGUGAGUGCGAGGAGUCAAGAAAGUGUAAGGAAAUUAAAAAUGAGCAAGUUCCAAUGAAAUAUGAUUUCGCCAAACAAAAUUGCGAAGUUGCUGUGAAGAAAUCAUCGAUUUUGUAUCCCGUUUAUACCAAAUAUCCGUUUAAUCUGACUGUCGCUGGUUCCGAGAGCGGCACCGUUGAGAGUCUGAACCGUUUGCUGGACUCCGCCUUUAAGGUAACGAAUCGGGUCCUGGCCAUAACGCCGUGGGGCAAGUAUGUGGUAUUCAAGCAGGCAACAAGCCAAUUAGACGCGAUAAGCUUGGCAACGUUUUAUGUAUUUGAUGGCUGCACCUGCAACAUCGAUCGCUUCAGACACUUGGAUCUGAGCCAUGGAACUGCCGGCCUGUUGCCCUUUUCGAGCCAAGAUGAAGUUGUGUGCUAUAUGAUAGAUUCACGGGAAACGCGUGCUAUGAAAGCGUUACGCGUUCAACUCGAUCAGUCUGCUGUCCAGAGUGAGGCGUUUCUAGUUCGUGGAACUUAGUAUGGAUGCAGGAGGAUUACUUUUUAUUUUGUCUUGGUUACAUGUAAAAGAAACAUUCCUUGUCAGCAGUCAUAUUCUGAAUAUUUAAAUUUUAAUACUUGCA